GAACUUUUUGAACAUCAACUAUUAUCUCAUCCGCACCCGGUUUCAACAUCUCAACUACUCAAUUCCCCGAUCAACUCCUGAAAAUCCGAAAUCAUGGACUCACUGGGUGGUGCCGGUCUCAGCGCCUUUGGUGGCGACCCCAAGACGCAAAUUAUGCGCCAGGUCCAGCAAGAAGCUGCCAUGCAGAAUGCGCGGAUGCUCGUUGAGAAACUCAACGAACAUUGCUUCGAACGUUGCGUGCCAAAGCCCGGAAGCUCCCUCUCCAAGGGCGAAGAGACUUGCUUCACAUCGUGCAUGGAGAAGUACAUGCAGGCCUGGAAUACCGUCUCGAAACAGUAUGUCGCCCGGAUACAGCAAGAGUCGCAGAGCGGAAGGAGCCUAUAGACGAGAACAGUGGGUUCAUUGGGAGAACCGCAGGAGAAACUUCAUGAUUCUAGGCUUUUCCAUAACGGAACGCCCAUUUCGCGUGCAGUAUACGACACAGCCUUGUGUCGGCGGAGCCUGCAAAUGUAUGAUAUACGCCGAUGUUGGAUCACGCAUUGUUUUUGGGACAUAGUUCCCUCAAGUGGGGGACCUGGGUGUACAUUAAUGUAACAUGCACCACAAAAGUCAAAAAGAAAUAUAAAUCACGAAAAUGACUCUACAAUCCGUAGUGGCCAUAUACACACAAAAAUUCAUUAAGAUCGCCGUUACAUCAAUGCUAUCUCAGAAUAACUCCGUUGUAUGCAGGCGCUUAACAU